AUGGAGCAUCGAAAGCAAAUUGCAACAGCACUAGGUACGUUGCUACUGUUGCUCAGUAGGGCACUUGGCGAAAAUGCCACCUCCAUCGUACCACCGACUGUGCAAAGUUUACCGGAUACGGUCCAUACAACGGCGGGUCUAAUACAUACGACCCAGCAGCACCAGUAUCAGCUGUACACAACCUCGACCGUUCAGUUGAACACGCUUCCUACGGAGCAAACGGGCUCCUACACCAUUGCUCAACCGAGUGCGACCGUUGGAGGGUUCUACACCACACCAGCUAGCGAUAUAAUACCUGCACAACCGUCGCCUGUUUCGCCGCUGUACAUAUCAAACACGUCUGUUUCCUUCGCCUCGACAACCCAAUCAUCGGCUCGUCAAGAUCUAAUCGACAGUCUGCCCGUGGACGUUACGCAGAUCGAGGAAAAACAGCUUGGACCUGGAGGACCCAACCAGGUUGAAAGUGUUGGCAUACAGCGGGCCCUCUGCUGGUUGAGGGAGAAACGAUUGCCCGAUUAUAGCUGGGGCAACGAUACGCACAUGGUGAUUCUGGCCAAGGAGCUGUCCGGUGCUCGCGAUCCAUCGGAAAACGAUAAUCCUAUACAGGCGGUAUCGGAUCUGGAGAACUUGCUGUCCAUCAAACAGAUGGACAUUGAGGUGUUGACGAUGCUUGAUCGGCACCACGCCACGACUAUGAUGAAGCUACCUCACACGGACCACAUUGCGAAGUACAUCUUGGCUAUGGGCGGGCUCUGUAAGGAUGCGCGCCACUUCUACGGACACGAUUUGGUGGCCGCUCUGGAACAUCACGAGCAUGAUCAGGGUCAGGAGUAUGAGUUCGCUUUGACCGCCCUUGCCAUAUGCAGCUCGGCAACACAUGUGCGAAAGCGCCAGAUACGUCGCCUGUUGGAUAUAGCUAGCGGUGAGGUUAACGACGUCGAUACGAUCGCCAUGGUGUUGUUGGCAUUACGAUGCAUCGUUACCGAUCAUCGCCAUCGCCAUUUGCAGCACUUCGUCCGCCGUCCAGCUCGUGGGUUGGCUAGCUUGCAAGGGCCACAGGGAAGCUUUGGUUCACUUCGAAGCACGGCGCUAGCUAUGCAGGCCCUGCAGGAUUUGGAACCAGAUCCGGCCGGCAAAUGGAAUCGUACUGCCGCGUCCGAGUGGCUGUUGGCUAAGCAACGGACCGACGGAGGCUGGACGGAGGAACCGUUGCAGGAUGGACAGGAUCCUAGCAUCGGCAUUGGACUAACGGCCGAUAUUGUUCUUGCCCUCGGUUGGCGAGGGUUGGGUGCAGUGCGGGCGCUACAAUGUGAUCAUGUGAUGCGUGAAUCGAACGAACCAUCCGAAAAUGGAGAACCCAAGCUGGCAGCGCCGGUUGGUCUCGGCAUAUCGCCCGUAGAAGAAAUGGAACCAAGAAAUGUUUCAUACACCUACACCCUAUGGGUGGGUACGAAUGAAACGGAAGAGUAUUUCCUCGAUUUGACUUCACCGAAAAAUACCACCUUUUUCCGUGCCAUGAAACAAGCGGCAGAAAUAGAUCCAAGAUUUUCGUUUGAAGCACGCGAAUGGCCCAACGGACACUAUGUGCACACUCUGGCUGGAAUGAAGGAAGAACCAAAAAGUUAUCACUAUUGGCUGCUUUAUCGCUUACCCGAACGGCCGGAUACGAAAAAUCCUCCAGGAAAUCAGUUAAUAGCUCCACUAGGUGUUGAUGAGCUGUUAGUGGAAGAUGGAGAACAUUAUCUGUAUUGGUACAAGAAGCUAUAA